AUGCGGUUGACCCGUCACCUUAAACCGUCUAUCCGCCAUCUGACGUCAACCGUAAGCCAUGACUAUGAGUUCAUGUCGUAUAUGGUCAAUAAGGCUAAGUCCAUCAAUAAAGCACUAGACGAGGCCAUUCCUCUCUGCGAGCCAGUAGUCAAGAUCCGUGAGGCCAUGAGGUACACGCUUCUCUCUGGCGGGAAACGCGUAAGGCCAAUGCUCUGCUUGGCUGCAUGCGUGCUCGUGGGCGGCCAAGAGUCAACCGCUAUGCCGGCUGCAUGUGCGGUUGAGAUGAUUCACGCGUCGUCUCUCAUCCAAGACGAUCUCCCUUGUAUGGACGAUGACAGUCUCCGCCGUGGAAAACCCACCAACCAUAAAGUUUACGGCGAGGAUAUAGCCGUCUUGACAACUGAUGCACUCAUAGCUUUGGCCAUCAAGAAGCUUGCGACAUCCACUUCAUUAGGGGUUCCUCCAGAGAAGGUUCUUCUAGCUGUUGUGGAGAUGGCGAAAGCGGUAGGAACGGAAGGGCUUGUUGCGGGUCAAGCGGCGGAUCUGGCCGGAGAAGGCAUGAGCUUGAAAGAGGACGUAGCCGGGUUGGAACAUCUUGAGUUUAUACAUAUUCACAAAACAGCAGCCUUGCUUGAAGCGGCGACGGUCACGGGGGCUAUAAUGGGAGGUGGGUCUGAUGGAGAGAUCGAGAGGCUUAGGAGAUACGCGAGAUGCAUUGGGCUGAUGUUUCAAGUGGUGGAUGAUGUGCUCGAUGUGACUAAGUCGUCACAUGAGCUAGGGAAAACUGCCGGUAAAGAUAUAAUCGCCGGAAAGCUGACGUAUCCGAAAGUGAUGGGAGUGGAGAAGUCGAGAGAAUAUGCUGAGGAGUUGAACAGAGAAGCGCAAGAACAUCUUCAAGGGUUUGAUUCAGACAAGGUGGCUCCUUUGUUGUCUCUCGCUGAUUACAUUGUCAAUAGGCAAAACUAA